CGACCCCUGCCCGCCGGCGCCCCGCCCCGCGCCCCCGGGCCGCCCCGCGCCCCCCAUGCACCACCUCCUGGAGCCGUCCGCGGACAUGGCGACGGCGCUGCUGGCGGGCGAGAAGCUGCGCGAGCUCAUCCUGCCCGGCGCGCAGGACGACAAGGCGGGCGCGCUGGCCGCGCUGCUGCUGCAGCUGAAGCUGGAGCUGCCCUUCGACCGCGUGGUCACCAUCGGCACCGUGCUGGUGCCCAUCCUGCUGGUCACGCUGGUGUUCACCAAGAACUUCGCAGAGGAACCCAUCUACUGCUACACCCCGCACAACUUCACCCGCGACCAGGCGCUCUACGCUCGUGGCUACUGCUGGACGGAGCUGCGGGACGCGCUGCCCGGCGUGGACGCCAGCCUGUGGCCGUCCCUGUUUGAGCACAAGCUGCUGCCCUACUCGCUGCUGGCCUUCGCGGCCAUCAUGUAUGUGCCCGCGCUGGGCUGGGAGUUCCUGGCCUCCACGCGCCUCACGUCCGAGCUCAACUUCCUGCUCCAGGAGAUCGACAACUGCUACCACCGGGCGGCCGAGGGCCGCGCGCCCAAGAUCGAGAAGCAGAUCCAGUCCAAGGGGCCCGGCAUCACGGAGCGCGAGAAGCGGGAGAUCAUCGAGAACGCCGAGAAGGAGAAGAGCCCGGAGCAGAACCUGUUCGAGAAGUACCUGGAGCGCCGGGGCCGCAGCAACUUCCUGGCCAAGCUGUACCUGGCGCGGCACCUGCUCAUCCUGCUGCUCAGCGUGGCGCCCAUCUCCUACCUGUGCACCUACUACGCCACGCAGAAGCAGAACGAGUUCACGUGCGCGCUGGGCGAGGCGCCCGACGGGCCGGCGGGCGCGGCCGUGCGGGUCAGCUGCAAGCUGCCCUCGGUGCAGCUGCAGCGCAUCGUGGCGGGCGUGGACAUCGUCCUGCUGUGCUCCAUGAACCUCAUCAUCCUCGUCAACCUCAUCCACCUCUUCAUCUUCCGCAAGAGCAACUUCAUCUUCGACAAGCUGCACAAGGUGGGCAUCAAGACCCGCCGCCAGUGGCGCCGCUCCCAGUUCUGCGACAUCAACAUCCUGGCCAUGUUCUGCAACGAGAACCGAGACCACAUCAAGUCCCUGAACCGCCUGGACUUCAUCACCAACGAGAGCGACCUCAUGUACGACAACGUGGUGCGGCAGCUGCUGGCGGCCCUGGCGCAGUCCAACCACGACGCCACGCCCACGGUGCGCGACGCCGGCGUGCAGACGGUAGACCCCAGCGCCAACCCCGCCGAGCCCGACGGCUCCGCCGAGCCGCCGGUGGUCAAGCGGCCGCGCAAGAAGAUGAAGUGGAUCCCCAGCAGCAACCCGCUGCCCCAGCCCUUCAAGGAGCCGCUGGCCAUCAUGCGCGUGGAGAACAGCAAGGCCGACAAGCCCAAGCCCGUGCGCCGCAAGACCGCCACCGACACGCUCAUCGCCCCGCUGCUGGACGCGGGCGCCCGGGCCGCACACCACUACAAGGGCGGCAGCAGCAGCGACUCGGCGGCCCCCGCCGGCGACAAGAAGCAUGCCCGCCACUUCUCCCUGGACGUGCACCCCUACAUCCUGGGCACCAAGAAGGCCAAGCCCGAGGCCGUGCCCGCCGCCCUGCCCGCCUCCCGCAGCCAGGAGGGCGGCUUCCUGUCACAGGCUGAGGAGUGCACGCUGGGCCUGACCGCAGCAGCCACCAAAGACGCCCCCCUCCCCGAGAAGGAGGCCCUGUAUCCAGCAGAGUCUGCCCUGGCCACGCUCCCCACGGGGGCGCCCUUCCACGUCUGCUCCCCCACCGCCGUCCCCACCACCGUCCCCCCGUCACCCAGCAGCCUGGGCAGUACCGACCCCCUCACCAUCCUGAGCCGCAAUGCCACCCACCCGCUGCUGCGCGUCAGCACGCUGUACGAGGCCCGCGAGGAGGAGGACGUGGCCCCGCGGGCCGCCCCCGAGGUGGGCAGCCUCAUCGCCAUCCCGCCGCCCCAGCAGAUCCUCAUCGCCACCUUCGAUGAGCCCAGGACGGUCGUGAGCACCGUGGAGUUCUGAGGCCCCUGCAUGCCCGCAGCGAGCCCCGCCCCUCGCCCCCGUGCGUGGACACGGCCUCGGCUUCCCCGGCACCCCUGCACCGGCCUCCCGUCCGCAUGCCACGGGGCUCAGCGCCUCCCCUCCCGGCCCCGGAUGGCGCCCCGGGCACU